AUGACCGAGGGACCCAAAAUAAUUAUAUGUAUUGGUGAAUCUCAAUUCUCAGAUGAUGAGUUGAAUCGGAACUUGGCAAUCCCCCAACGAACAAAACGACAAAACUGUGAUUGUACACCUGGAGAAGCACCAAAAUGUGGUUGUCAAGUUAUGCCAACCCCAGAUAUCGGUGGCGGACAAAUGAUAUGUACGUGCUCUCCACCAGUACCACCGAAAUGUGUUUGUACCGAAGGAAAUGUUAGAAACAUCAUCACCGGUCCAUCCCUCCCUGCCCUUUUCAAGCCAUAUAACUGUGUAUCCACUUGCGAAUCGUCUUGUCUGGAUUCCUGUAACAAACUGAACUUUAACAUGAAAUGUGGAACAGUUUGUAACGAAGCAUGUGAAUUCACUUGUGCCAAACAAGGAUCCACAACCACUGCAACCACAACCCAAGCUCCUGCAACCACUGCAAUGAUUCCACUUCCACCUCAUAUUCAGGAAUAUCGAUUCGUGAUUCCUGCAGGAUCAUUGCUCUCGAAACCAACGACAACCACUUCAGCGCCAGUUAUUUUGAGUCAGAAGAUUCAGAUCACCUGUCCUGUUGAAUGUCAGCCAUCUUGCAGUUUCGUAUGCACCAAAUUGCGUCCAACACUGAAAGUGAUCACUCAAAUGUUUGAUUCGAAGACUGAUGAGACCACGUGUAGAACAAGUUGUAGCAGUGCUUGUCUGUCGGUUUGCGCCUCAUCUGGAGUUCCGGGCAACGAAUGCCAAUCAAACUGUGCGCCAGCCUGUGAGGACACUUGUACUAUUGUGAAGCCGGUCGCCGUGGCCACAACUCAAAUUCAACCAGCGUCAUCGACUGGCGGUCAAUGUGUGUCCGUUUGUAUGCCAGCUUGCACUCAACAAUGCAUGUUUACUGUACAGAUGCAAAUCGCCUUGUCCCAAGCUACAUCCAAUCCCCUCACGACUGAAAAACCAGCUCAGGCUAUGUUGAUUCCAAUCGCUCCAGUCUCCAUCGUCGUUUCAGAACCCACGACUACAACAGCCGCUCCAGCAGUGAUUACUCUUGGAACUAUCUGUAGAAACGAGUGCUUGGUUCAAUGUGAGCACCAAUGUCUUCCAAAUAACCCGAACUGUAUGGCUGCAUGCCAAACCACGUGUUAUCCAGUAUGCCAAUCGAAGAUGCGUCGUCGUAUGAAAGAAACAAAGUCCGAACGACUUAACGAAGACUUUGCUCGUCGUCAUCGUCAAUAA